GAAGAUAUUUAAAUUAUUUAUAAUUUUUCGCUCCAGUCAUUUUGAUUUCGAUGUAUUGCUCGAAAUCUUUUAAGAAUUAAUUUAUCUUAAUAAUAAGUAUUUCCAACUGCUGUCUACUUGUUGGGGAAUUAAAUACUUAUAAUAUAGUUAAAUUACAUAAUUCUAAUUCCUAAAAUUUAAUUAAUUUUGUGAGUUUUAAUUAUCUGCAGUUGUGGAGAGAAUACACAGGAUGAUGGACGGAGGUGUUGUGCACCCUCAUCCAGGGGUGGUACAUGGUGGUAUGCCUGGUUUAGUCCAUGGUAUGCCAGUGCAUGGAGGUGGACCUGAUGGGGAGCAUGCCCCUCAUGGUCCAAGGCGUCGGUACCAAAACAGACCUAAGCCACCAAACAAUUUGGAAAGGCUACCAUUAGAUGAAGCAGCUAAGAGGGAGAUGGAGUCCUUGCCAAUGAAGACACCAGUGUCAGUUCUUCAAGAAUUGCUUGCCCGCCGAGGAACAGUUCCAAAAUAUGAGUUAGUGCAGAUUGAGGGCAUGAUUCAUGAACCAACCUUCAGAUACCGGGUCACUGUUGCCGAUUUAGUUGCAAUGGGCACAGGCAGAUCGAAAAAGGAGGCAAAACACUCGGCAGCAAAGGCACUUCUUGAUAAAUUGACAGGUGCAGCACCUGCUGAUCAGAACACUAAUGGCAAUAUACCAGAGACGGGUGCAGUUGUGUCUUCAUUUGAAGACAAAUUAUUGGGUAACCCUGUGGGAUGGCUUCAGGAGUUGUGCAUGUCUCGGUUCUGGCCUCCGCCAUCAUACCAUGCAGAGAAUGAUGACAACGUUAAUAGACGUAUGUUUUGUCUGCCGCACGAGCGCCAAUUUACGAUUAUAUGCACUUUACUGAAACGUCGUGAAGUUGGUACAGGCAAAUCUAAGAAAUUGGCCAAAAGACAAGCUGCUUACAAGAUGUGGCAGGCACUUCAAGAUAACCCACCUGAUACUUUCCAACCCGAGGAAGAGGGUGGUGUCGCAUCACGUUAUGCCGACUUGAAAGAUAGUAAAAUCUCCACAUUAACCACAAGUCACAGCCACAAGGUGUCGCAGUUUCACAAACACCUGAAACAGUCUGUCGGGCCCAACCUGGCCAAGUUGCAGGUUACCCCGCUGAACAACAAAGACUUCAACUUUGUGAAGUUCCUUCAAGAGAUAGCCACGGAGCAGUCCUUUGAAGUGACUUAUGUGGACAUAGAAGAGAAGUCGAUGGCGGGUCGCUGCCAAUGCCUCGUCCAGCUCUCGACUCUUCCUGUCGCCGUCUGCUACGGGUCGGGGCUCACCAGCAAAGAUGCCCAGUCUUCGGCAGCUCACAACGCCCUCGAGUACCUCAAAAUCAUGAACAAGAAGUGAAUUCGAACCGUUCGCCCCAUACAGAUUUAUUAUAUGUAAAAAUGGCCACUUCACAUUUACAUAUAAUAAAUAGGUAUCGGACGAGCGAGACGCGGUAAGCCCUUUAACCACUCUACGGGUUCAGCACUUCGGGCUAUGCUGUAUAACUGGCACAUUUGCAGUGUCCUAAAUCCAUUAUCUUUGACAUAAUAAGGCUAGUCACAUAACGUCUUAAACGCUUGACGGAAUCAAUUAAAGAGCGUUGGCGUGACAUUUAGUCAUUUGUCUAGCUUCAGUUUUCUUAAUAUGUAUUCUGUGGGUAUAUUAUUUCUCAUGGUAAAAUAGUGAUUUGCAUAAUAAAUUUGAAGAGUUAAGUGAAAGCGUCUCUAUUGAGGGCUUUUGACUAUUUGUACAAUUUUAUUUAGAAUGGAAAUAUUAUCAAUAAUACAAUAUUUUAUCGCGAACCUGGGCCGGUCCAAUCAGGUUUAAUGAAACUGGGAUAUGGUAGGUUCAAUUAUUUAUUUAUAUCAAAAUUGGAAAUUUAAUUUUUGAUUGAUUUAGUUUCUGAAAUUGCUAAUAGUGGGAGGGGGUCAAGUAUCUUUUAUUGGCUAUUUAUGUCCAAAAUGUUUCUCACAUUUAACUAAUGACGCUUCAGAGUAAUUUGUACUACGUAAUGAUUAACAACUUGCCUAAUUAAAACAAACAAAAAAAGAAUCACAUAAAUAAUUCUUUACAUUAAUAUAAAUGGGGAAAUUAAAUAUUCAAUAGGGAAUUAUGUUACACCGCUUGUGAAGAAGCGUACCAUUUCGUAAAAGGCCGGCAACGCACUUGCGAGCCUCCUGGCAAUGUGAGUGUCCAUGGGCGGAUGUAUCACUUAACAUCACAUGAGCCUCCUGUUACGAUAAAAAAACCACUAUCAUCACAACUAACUUUAGCACAAACUACUGCUCUUUUAAUAUGAAUUUCUUUAUUUAUUAAUAUUAUUUUUUUAAUUUGAAUCAAAUUAUUAGUAAAAACAAAAAUUUAAGUCACUGGAUUGUAUAACCAAAUAUGAAAUUUUAAAAUAUAUCCAAUUUUAUCGGCGUCAUUGUGACCACUGUUGAAAAAUACCUUCAAUGUUAUGUCUAAUCAUAAUAUGAACUGAAUCAUCAUUUUUUUUUUAUUUAAGUUUGUUUUCCUGCAAAAAUUACACAAAAAGCUAUGACUGCGAAUGUGCGAGAGUAAACAUCAUAGCCCGUAAGAAUAAGGAAACAAAGUAUGGAGUGGUCAUAUUAUAAUACAAGCUAUACUUUGCAUAGAAUUAGUGUAAUUUUCCCAGCGUGGAAAUUACUUAUAAAAUAAAAAAAUAUAAAAAAAAAUAAAAAAACAAAAAAAUACAAAAAAAAGUGUGUAUUAUAACUUUCCAGUUUAAUAUUCAGCAUUAUUUAGCAUGUUUUUGCAUUAAUAUUAAAUUGAAAUCAUCUACUUAUCGAAAUCAUUAGCUGUAAUGUAUAUUGUAAUGAAAUUAUAGAUUUUUCAUAUUGUUUAUUUGAAGCUACUUUGUUUUCCGGUGUGUUGAGAGUUAUCUAACAUGCUGAGCAUUAAACGGAAAUAUAUUCUCAGCCGGUACAGUCUAGAGGAACUGUCCGAACCUUUGCUUUAUUUUUGAUUAUAUAUUUAUUCACGAAAUGUCCCGUUUUAAUCGAUUUUUAUUUAUUCGUAUUCGUAUACGAUUUUAUCAAAUGACUAAAUGAAUAGUUUUACUCGAAAUCAUAAUCGAGCAAGGGUUGGGUCUUGCGAGAUGGGCUGAGCGAAGGCAGGAUGUCGCCGAAUGAAAUUAUUAUGAAUUUACCAAUAAUCGUGUACUUUAAUUUUUACAUGAUGGUAAACUUUGCAUGUGAGCUGAGAACUAAGCGUUUGAGUGAUAAUCACUGGAAAUAAGGGAUGGGAAGCUAGGAGAUACCUUGCCUGUGAAAAUGGGCAUUAUUUUAAUGCAAAGUAUAGAGGUUGUAACAUUUUCUAUCAGUACAGAGUCGUCGUUAUGCACGAAGCGAACGCGAGGAUUCUGCACAUCGAGUUUCUUUUAAAUUGAAUGGUGUGCCUCCGACCUGCCCUUAAUCGAUCGCACUGUUCAACUUAGAAGGGGCUGAAAGGAAUGGAGUUUUGUUCAACCAAGACCUACUAAAUAAAACUAUAAUGUCUGACCAUCGAGGCAAAUGUUCGUGUUAUAUUUUGUGUUUAGUCAGUCUUGGUUUUACUAGUAUGUAGAUCUAUUGUAAUUCUAGAAUGUAAUGUCACUGUAGUUCUUUACAUUUCACUUGCCUAGUUAAUAACUUGUUGAAAUACUUUCGAAAUAGUUUUUGUUUUGCUAGUAUUAAUACAGCUAAUAAGUACAAUAAAAUUGGUGUUGCUUA